AUGGAGCCGGUGAGCAGCGCUAACGCACGAGCGACUUCGGAGACACCAGGUACCUCCGGGGUUACAACGGGUGACCUAGCAGUUCACCAUACGCGAGAAGAGGUUCAGCGAAGUUGCGUUCUUAUGUCGACCGCGAUUGUAGAUGUUGCGGGACAUGGGUACAAUUGUCAAUUGCGUGCGUUAUUAGAUAGUGCCAGCGAGGUCAAUUUUAUAACGUUAUCUAGUUGCAAAAAACUUGGGUUGAAAUUGGACAGUGUUUGCCAAUCGAUUAGCGGAUUAAGCAAUAUGACUUGCACAGUUGAACAUAGUUGCCAACUAAAGUUAAAAUCACGAACCUCAGACUUCGAGUUGGAUUUGCAUUGUUUGGUAAUUCAGAAAAUUACCAAGAAAUUGCCAUCAGUUUUCAUUAAUUCCUCGCAGUUGCAUAUUCCGGAAAAUAUUAAGUUGGCGGAUCCAUUUUUUUACAAUCCGGGUAAUAUCGACAUUCUCAUAGGCGGAGAAUUUUUCUUUAAAUUAUUGACAAUGGAAAGAAUCGAAUUAAACAAUAAUUUGCCAACGUUACAAAACAGUAAGUUAGGUUGGAUAAUCUCAGGACCGAUACCUGAUUAUUUAAUAACAAAUAAAUCGAGCAAUUACUUGUCUUCAAAUCUCUCAUGUUUGUUCAUUCGAGAAUCAAUUAACGAAACUCUUUUAAAAUUCUGGGAGUUAGAAGAAUAUCCAGCAGAGAAAUCGGUUAAAUUGUCCGUAGAAGAGCAACGAUGCGAAGAACACUUUAUAAACACGAUGAGUCGUGAUGUGUCGGGACGGUUUGUUGUCAGACUACCUUUCCGUGACAAUAAGAAUCAGUUAGGCGAUUCGAGAGAGAUAGCUUUACGAAGACUGAGUUAUUUAGAACGAAAAUUCAAAAUUAAUCAAGAAUUUUAUAAUCAAUAUUCGAGUUUUAUGCGAGAGUACAUCAAAUUAAAUCAUAUGUCGAUCGUGAACAGCGAAUCUACCAUAAUGAAUCCUACUUAUCUACCGCAUCACGGCGUAUUGCACGAAUUUAGUCUUACAACGAAGUUACGCGUAGUGUUCGAUGGGUCGGUCAGAACUACGGCGGGAAUCUCACUAAACGAUACUUUAAUGAUCGGAGCGCGAUUACAAGAUAAUUUAAUUGAUAUCAUGUUACGAUUUAGAUUGCAUGCCAUUGCAAUCACAGCCGAUUUGAAAAAAAUGUAUAGACAAAUUUUGGUUCACGAAGCCGAUAAAGAUUAUCAAAGGAUUCUGUGGCGGUCGUCGGUGGGCGAACCUAUACGAGAAUUUCGAUUAAACACCGUGACAUACGGAUUAUCGUGUGCUCCGUUUUUGGCCGUGCGUUGCGUGAGACAUGUGGCAAAUAACGCGGACGAUCGAUUGAUGCAAGCGUCUCAAGUCUUACUCAAUGAUUUAUACGUGGAUGAUAUAUUAACCGGUGUUAGUUCAAUUGACGAGGCAACCGAUUUGAUUAAGCAAUUAAAGGAAUUGUUUAAAUGA